CACCUAACCACUGGUUAUAUACCGAUUCUACAUGCGUUUUAAGAUGGAUGACUUGAUCGGGAAUCUUCCCUCGCUCGACUUCUCUCAGUCAAAUAUGUAAAAUCCUCAAUCGGAGAACCAUGAGCGUUUCUCCUUUCUCCUACACCAGUCGGCAGAAAUCAAGGAGUCUAGAAGGGUUUUUCGUCACUAGGCCACAAAAUUGAAAUCAAAGGGGUGGGUUCUCGUUUCUUAUAAACAUUAUACAGACACACAUUUCAUAUACCCUCCAUUUGCUUCUCUCGAUCAUUGGCUCCUCAUGGCUGCCCCCUUCUGACAUUUUCUCUCAACAAAUUGGUGCCACUUACAUUCUAGCUGAGAACAUUUGUGAGAGAACAAAAUAAUUGAAAGCUGAUUCAAUACUCAAUGUCCCUGGUUUAUUAGUUAUCGAUACACCUGGCCAUGAGUCCUUCAAGAACUUAAGGUCUCAGGGUUCUGGGUUAUGUGAUAUUGCCAUUUUGGUUGUUGCCAUUAUGCAUGGGUUCGAACCACAGACUAUUAAAUCACUAAAUCUAUUGAGAAUGAGGAAUACAGAGUUCAUUGUGGCCUUGAAUAAGGUUGACAGAUUAUAUGGGUGGAAAACGUGUCGCAAUGCACCAACUGGGAAAGCAAUGAAACUUCAGUCCAAAGAUGUUCAACUUGAAUUCGAGCAUAGGCUCACUCAGAUAAUUAUAGAAUUCAAGGAGCAAGGAUUGAAUACCGAAUUGUACAGCAAGAACAAAGACAGAGGGGAAACUUAUAGUAUUGUACCCACAAGUGCUAUCAGGGAGUUUUUUAUGUGA